AUGUCUGCCAGUGGAAAAUGUUGUCGGCCUCGCCGUUUGAUUUUCUAUAUAAUUGCCUUUUUGAUCUGUCAGUUGAUUUUGGUCUACCAAUUUAUACGCUUUGAGAGAUAUAAGGAUGUACCCGCGAUCGAACCCUUACAUCAUGCAAUCGACAGUGGGGAACACUUUAUGGAUUGGCGUGAAUUUAUCUCCCAUACACCGCUAAGAUCUGAGAAUUUUUACCAGUAUAAUCUUCCCUUAAGUGAUAUUUUGGGAGUAAUACGUAACCUGCCUUCAACAAGGUAUUAUGGCUGCAUGACCCGUCCUUUUAACCUUCCGCCCCCUUUGACAUCCAAAGUGAGUGUGGUGAUCAGCUUCCACAACGAGGCGCGUUCGAUGCUGCUGCGAGAUCACCCGGGGCUCAUCUUCCGCAGAAACCAGAAGCGCAUGGGCCUGAUUUGGUCGCGCAACAGGGGCGCCUUCCUGGCCAGUGGGCACUAUGUGCUCUUCCUGGACAGCCACUGCGAGGUGAACGAGGAGUGGCUGGAGCCCCUGCUGGAGCGACUGGAUAUGAACCCUCAUCUAGCAGUUAGCCCCCUACUUGACCCCAUUGACCCGACCACCCUGAGUUACAGGAAAGGAAACGAGUUGCUGAAGGGCGGCUUCGACUGGUCCCUGCACUUUCACUGGCUGAAGAGGCAGCUGGCCAUCCAGGAGCUGCCCGAGCUGCCCUACAAAAGUCCAGCCUUCGCUGGCGGAGUCCUGAUGAUGUCACGCGAUUGGUUCCUCAAGUUAGGCAGCUUCAAUUCGUAUCUGAAGAUCUGGGGCGGCGAGUCCAUCGAGCUGGCCAUUAAAUUGUGGCUUUGCGGCGGACAAAUUGAGAUCGUGCCCUGCAGCCGAAUCGGACACAUCUUCCGGCGGCGCCACGCCUUCGACUUCCCACCGCAAUCCGACCAGGACCAGCAGUUGAGCCCGGCCCAGGAAACCUAUCUGCACAACUCGAAAAUCAUAGCCGAGUCCUGGCUGGACGAGUAUAAAAAUAUGUUCUACGCACUGAGGCCGGUGGCCAGGCGAAUUCCACUGGAUCACACCUACUACGAGCUGCAGAGGCUGCGGAGGGAGCGCCAGUGCCAGCCCUUCGAAUGGUAUCUGCGGCAUGUCAAUCCCGAACUAAGGCUGCACUUUGACGAACUGUCGGCGACGGGAACGCUGCGGAAUGAGGAUCGGUGUCUGCAUGCCAGACACAAGGACUCGGACUCGGACACGGACUCGCAGCUGAUCCUGGCGAGCUGCUACCUCAGCGACGUCACCCAGUGGAGCAUGUUGCGCAGCACUGGACAAUUGAGCACUCAGCGGGAGCUGUGCCUGGGCGUGGGAUUAAGGAUGCAGCUUACCCUGCAGCCGUGUGACAGGAAUGGGACGACGGCGAAGGGCCAGCAAUGGCGGCGCCUCGGAACCCAUCUCCUCCAUGCCGAGACGCACCUGUGCCUGGAUAAUCCGCUCAAGGACCGACUGGAGAUGAGCACCUGCCGCUCGCAUGCGGUAUCGCAGUCCUUUCAAUUUGCAUUGGAAAUGGAGGGGCAGACAUAAACACGGGCUAAUGAUACUCGAUUACCCGUUUCGAUUUGAUUUGAUUCGUAGUACCCCAAAACUCUGAUACUGAUUCGAUGAACCUGAGCCUCUUAGUUCAGCCUCCUGGUGGAGUGUUUGUGUGCGUUUGGGUUAAAUCUCUGGCCAUGCAGGUAAAUCAAAAUGCUGACAUGUUGUGCUAAUCUCUGUGAAACAUUUCCGCUGCCGCAGCAGCCUGGCCAUAGAUUGCAGAGGCGGCGGUAAAUUAUGGCGCCAUAGAUACAAGGAAAGGUGCUUCCAACUCCCAGAUCCUGGCUUCUUUUUUUCCUCGAUUUUUUUGCGCAGCCUUUGUUGCCGGAGUCCGACUAUCAAGACUCGCAGCGCUUCCUGUCGCAUCCGUCACACGAGACAGGAUACAAUGGUUCCUGGGGGCGGCGGAGGCGGCGUGUAGGGAAAUGGGGGCGUGGCCAGAUAAAAGCCAACGACGCCGCGCGUAUUGUGCGGCUUGUUUAGGCGCUCCCUGUCAUCAGUCAGCGAACAAAAGCUUCCCUUCGGCGGCACGGAGUCAGAGACAGAGGCGGAGGCAGAGACAGCGCCGGAGUCGGAGUCGCAAAUGUAAUUGAGUUGAUGACAAUGCCACUGACUGCCCGGCUCGCGCUUCCGGCAAUUUUGAUGGCCUCCGGAUGCCGGCGACAAAAAGCGGCGACACCGGAAACAAGACCAAAUAAAACAGCGAACAUCAGCCAGCGCCAGUGGCAAGGCAGAAGUUCAGGGCUGCUAUCCGCGGCAAAUUCCGCAGUGCAGUUGUUGCAACUUAAGAUUUGUUUUGUUUUCACCAUUCUUGCGGUAAUAAAGCGUAAAAGUUAA